CCAGUGCCACUAGCCAUGACCAUGGCCACCGCAGCACUCGAGCACUGCCUCGCCACUUCCCUCGCCACCAACGACGCCGUGCCCGCCAACCUCGCCCACCUCGUCUCGCUCCUCGAGUCGCAACGCAUCCUCCAACAGGCAGAGCACCACGAGGGCAUCCACGGCCCGCUCCUCCACCGCUGGCACCUCCGCCUCGUCAGCCUCGUCGCACCCGUCAACCCGCUCCAGGUCCGCAACGCCGGCUUCCGCCUCGCCCACCUCUCGUUCCAAGCCUCGACCUCGCUCCUCGUCGACGCCGGCAAGGCCACCCUCACCGCCGCCGUCCAGGUCCUCAACAACCCCAAAGCCGACCCGGACCUGUUCCUCGCCGCACUCGAACUCGCCCGCCUCGUCCUCGCCAAGUCGACUUGGCACCCCGAGUGGGCCCGCGACAACGUCGGCCCCCAGCAGGUCCAGAAACUCGUCGGCGCACUCGUCCACGCCGCCAACGUCGAGUUCAGCGACGUCAAGCUCCCCUGCAUUGCCGCCAUCGUCUCGCUCAUCCCGCUCUUCCCGACCGCCCUCCGGCCCCUCGCACCGAGCCUCCACAACCUCGCCGUCGCCCUCAUCGCCGAGCCCGCGGGCCACGCCGCCGUCGUCGACCAAGGCGCCGCCCUCUUUGCGGCGCUGUACCUCCUCGCGCCAAAGGGCAAGGAGGGCCUGCGCGAGGCGUGGAAGACGGGCGUCGAGGCGCUCGUGGGCAGCAUCGAUGCCCUGACGACGCACGUCACGGCCGGCGUCUUUGCCGAGGACACGACCUUCAACCACACCCUGUCGCCGCUCGCUAUGCCGCCUCUCGCGUCCGACGCGCCGACCGCCGCCCUCGUCCGCCUCGAGUCGCUCACAGCGGUCCUCCUCGCCGUCCUGCGCACGCCCACGACUGAGAAGGCCGGCCUCGUCCCGCUCCCUCUCGGCGCCCUCGUCGAGCUCUCGACGCGCCUCGUCUCGCUCUCGUCCCUCACCCCGGUCCGCGAGCGCACCGACCCAGCCCUCCUCACCUCGGUCCUCGCCCUCGUCGUCCCGCGCACCCAGCUCGCCGGCGCGCGCCUCGCGGCCCAGCUCGCGCUCGCGAGUGGCCCGCACCUCGCGCCGCACGCAGGGGCCGUCCUCGGCGCGCUCAGCGCGACCCUGAACGCGUACGCGCCCCGCGAACCGAUGCGGCCCGUCCUCAGCGGCGCGUACGCGCUCGUCGUCGAGCAGCUCGGGAGCGGGAUCGACCCGGACGAGGCCAAGAAGAGCCUCGCGCGCGUGUGGAGGACCGUCCUCGAGGACAUUGGCGGCGUCGCCGUCGAGCCGGUCGUCGUCGGUGCCGGAGCGGGGGCGGCCGGGGCUGCGGGCAAGGAGGCGGGCAAGGGCGGCAACGGGAGGAAGGCCAAGCGGCAGAAGACGUACGACCCGAGCGAGAGCAUGGCCUCGAGGAGGGUCGCGCUCGACGAGGUCGACAUGCAGAUCGCCGAGCGCGGUCUCGCCACCCUCGAGCGCCUCUUGCGCUGCCCCUUCUCCCACUUCCUCCCGCCUGCCCUCCAGCUCGCGACGGCGCGCCUCCUCCUCUAUCUCUCGCUCUCGCCCUCCUUCUCGGUCGUCCACCCUGUCGCCUCGACCUCGACCUCGUUCUACCCGUCCACCUCGGCCCUCUCGCCACUCGACAUUGCGCGCCAGUCGCCCUCGUUCCGCCGCGCCGUCCUCGCCGCCCUCGUCGCCGCCCUCGCGACCUCGAACUGCGCCCCGAGCGGCACCCACGAGCGCGCCGCCGAGGUCUUCCGCCGCGCGUCGCUCCUCUCGACCGACGCCGACGCGCGCGCGCUCGCCCUCGAGGGCCUCGCCCUCGUGCGCACGUUCGCCCACCCGGCCGUGCCCGCGCAGCAGCCCAACGCCGGGCUCGCGCGCGUCCGACACGAGGCCAAGGGCGGCUGGGUCGGCGACGAGCUCGAGUGGGACCGCAGCGCGCGCGAGUUUGGGAUCCGGGUCGAGGAGCGCCGGGCCGACGAGGACGAGGACGAGUCGGACGACGAGGAGGACUCGGGCGCCGAGGAGGGCGUAAAUGGAGCGCGCAACGGCUCGGGCGACGCGGUGCGCAGGCGCAAGACGCCACCGGGGACGGCGGCGCCGCCCGUCGUGCUCGCGCCCGCACCGGCGCAGACGGCCUUCCCGGCGACGACCGCCUUUGCGGCGCCGUCGUUCGCCGCUUCCUCGGCGGCGAAACCGGCGCAGCAAAACGGCUUCGCGGCCUUCUCGGCGCCGGCGUUUGGCGCGUCGGCGACGAGCGGCAAGGUGCAGCUCGACGAGCCGGCGUCGGUGCACUCGUUCGCGCCCUCGACCGGCGUCACGGUCGGCACGGUCGACGUCGAGACGGUGCCAGCGUCUGCGUCGACCGCCAAGGCGUCGCGUGCGGCUGCGGCAAAGCCCGCGACGGCAGCGGCGGACAGCGACGAGGAGGACGACGAGGACGAGGGCAUGCCGAUGAUUGACGUGGGCAGCGAGGAGGAGUAGAGCGGGUCGGUCGGAGUGCAAAGGAACGUCGUCGAGAUC